AUGGAUCCAUCGCAGGAGUCAAGGCGGCGAAGCCCGCAAUGCCCAACACGUUCUACCAGCACGUCGCGGGCAAGCAGCGGGCGUACGCCAAGGCGAGGAAAAUGAAAGAGAUGGGCGCAUCUCAGCACAGUCCUCGCAGCAUGCCUCUGCUGUUGCUGCAGUAGAGCACGACGUUUUGUGCAUCUCAGCACAGGCCUGGCAGCUUGCCUCUGCUGUUGCUGCAGUAGAGCACGACGUUUUGUGCAUCUCAGCACAGGCCUGGCAGCGUGCCUCUGCUGUUGCUGCAGUAGAGCAGGACGGUGACCACGCGCUGGUGCUGUCGCUGCUAGUAGAGGCCAUGCCGUCCUACAACCGAGGUUUGAAGUCGUUCGCCGGAGAGGGGAGCAACAACAAUGUCCCGAUGGAGGACCCUGUCUUCGUUCCUACAUUGGAAGCUGACACGGGCUCUCCUUUCUUGGCCUUCCUCAACAAGCUCCCUCUGGUGACGAGGUUUGGCCUUGCCCGGGCGCCGCCGUCGCCUCCACCCGUGAAAGAAAUAUCGAGAAGCAGGGAUGGUGGUUGGAGGUUGCCGGAGAGCUGAAAGACGAGAUCGCGGACCUGACCUGAGCCCCCACUUCGUCCCCGCCCUCGCCGCCCCGAUAAGCCCUCCACCUCUCAGUAGGUCCUGAAGCGCGCGUGGUCAGCCGUGAAGAAACCGUUUGUUAGGACAAGAUCUGCGUCUUGCCGGGUUAUGGAGUGGCCCGGUCGCACUCUUCCCGUCGACUCGAUGACCUACAUGACGCGUUGGGUUUCUUCGCGAUUUUUUUGUGCCCGUUGUUCAGUGUAAGCAGCACUUGACCAUCCAGAUGGAGAGCAGGUUCCCCCACUACUAUUAGUGGGAGGGAUGAGUGGAAAAAGGGAGAGGAAGUCAAAGCAUCCACGUUUCGCGAGGGUACAAUCAGUCCGUUUUGAACUGUGAAUUUAUUUCUCUUUGGGGUUCAGAGUGCGAUGGGGCUAAUAUUUUCGUCUGUUGCCGUACAGUGGGGGUGAACAUACGAUGCCCGGCAACAGAGGUGGGUGUACUGUAUGAUCCUGCCCAUUCUGAGCGGCUCGUACCUGCGAUACCGGAUGAGUGCAAUGCUCCAGUUGGUAUGCAUCUGCAUCCACCUCGCUUGUCGCAUCGACGGUUCAGGCCGAAAACGCUCCGCUGCAAGGUGUACAGUAGUCAAAUAGACGUUCUAAUGAAAAAAAUGAUCAAGUUUGGCGUGACGCUCAUUGUGGCAGGUGGGGAAAGUUUCGUUGUCCUACGGUCGUGACCCGUCUUAGCUUCAACCCGCAUUCUUGAGCAAGGGUGGUGUGAAAAACGUUG